AUGCGCCUCCACGCCGCAGCAGGUGCCUACAUGCCACAAACACGAUCCUGGUAGGCCGGAUAAUAGAUAUGGUCGCGAUGGAAUUCUCAUCCCAUUUCAUUCCAUCCGAACCAACACAUAUUCUGGUGCACUUCGACGAGCGAUCUUCUUUCAACUACCUAGGUAUGCCUAUUAGGCAUCCCGAUCACCUGACAAAAUGGGCGACAGCUCCUCCCGAUCUUUGCUCGCACCUUCUGGAGGAUACACCAAACACCAGAGCGCCUGGAAGGGCCAGCGGUCGACCUACAAGCUACCGGGACUCAUUCUCACCUUCCUCACUCUCCUCAUCGGCUGCAUCAUCGCGUCCAUAUUCGUCUUACUGGGGUCCCACGAAGACGUCGUUGGAUCAUGGAGCAUCAGGCCUUCCAUCCUACUCUCAGUUUUAGCCGGAGUCUACGCGAUUGUUCUCGGGGGCCUUUUCACAGCCGGAGUAGCGGUCAUCUGGUGGAGAAGCAUUAUCUACGGCACGACGUUGAAGAGGCUCCACUACAUCCACGCUGGAGCUAGCCCGAAAGACUUCAUUGGUUCCUUCCUAGCUGGCGGUCAUGCAACAAGGGUCGCGCUGGCAGCUUUGGUUGUGUUCAGUGCGAAGCUGGCGAUAGGACCUCUCCUGCAGCGCUCCACGAAGCCAGAGAUGCGCGACGUGACGAGGAAUAUCAGUAUGAACAUUCGCCUCGCUCCCGAAAUACCCGAUGGCACGUUCGGCCAGGUUGGCCACUUCAGCGUUUACGGCAUCUUCAUGCAGCAACUAGCCUUUUACGGCAACAACUUUACGACUGAAAAGAGAGAAGGGUACUCCUGUCCAGGAAAUGGCACAUGCGAGGGCAGGGUAACUGCAGCCGGAUUGAACUUCGACUGCGGUUCUAGCUCGGAAACAUUCGAUUUGCUCGAUCCUGCGAACGAGUAUUCUACGGUGUUCAGCAUAGACAUCGUCUUUGAAAUGGAUGAUGGACUGCCGCAGCUGUUCCUUGACUCGAAGUACAUCUCGGCAGUCAAUGGUGACUGUAUCGGCACUCUCACGACAACGAGUUGCAAAAUGAUUCCGGCUACGAUGUUAUAUCCCCUCACCAUAAAAGACGGUAUCCUGGUGCCGAAUCUCACCGAUGUAUUAUACAAUCCCGCCGUUAUCAAGAAUUAUACAUCUGCUGGCGACGCAGAGCUGGAGGAUCUAUUGGCGCCCAUGGGUCCUCUACAGGGAACAUUGGCGGCCCUUGGUACCGUUUACAGGUCCGAGGCUUAUCUAGUUCGCUCCCAAACCCCAGACUUUGAAGCUGCAGGCUACGAUUACACAACUCAGAACAGGUCGGCCCCGUUUUGGGCUAAUAUGUUUCUGAAUACGGUACAACCUCAGUCCAUUGCCAGAUGCCCAUUAGUGUGGGAUUCACCGGUCGAGCACGUUAUGAUGCGCAUACUUGAUCUGAUGUUCAAGACCGCAUAUAGUGUUGCUUUGACCAGCGAAGACAAAAACAGUUACAAGCAGACGUUCGACGCCGUAUAUAGCGGCCAGGAGCUCUGGUAUAUCACCGACUUCGGGUGGCUCGCGGCUUCGGUGGCUGUCAUGGUCCUCGGCAGCAUAGCUGCUAUGUCUUUGCUGUGGGGAUGGUGGCAGCUGGACCGAUACGUCACACUUUCACCCCUCGAGACAGGGAAGGCAUUCGGCGCACCCGUUCUCACGACGGCAGGCCCUGAACAAGAAGCACGAGCUAUUAUCAAAGAGGUCGGGCACGAAAGGGUGGCGCACGAUGGCGAUGAGCUUGUCUGGAACGGCACUGUAUACGCAACCGGCAUCGCCGGAACGCCCAGGAACAAGUAUAGGAGCGGAGCUGAAGAAUCGGGCUUGGGAGAGAUGAUGUGUGGAUCUUCCGGUCAUAGCAGCCUGAGAGGAAGAGGUCACAGGAGGGGCAUGAGCAGCGUCAGUGACGCUAGCCCUAGCCAAGCCCGCCCGUCGUUCGAGCACAGUUUUGGUGUGACCACGCGGAGACCCUACGAUGACGAAGAGGAGCUAGACACUGGACAGUACGGACGGCCGAGGUCACGGAGUAGAGGUAGUGACACGAUACCGAUGCUACCGUUAAACCUGACGCCAGGCAAUGGGGGAAGCCCAAAGCUGCCUCCUAUCCCUCCGACGGGGAGUAUCAAGCUGGAGCCAUUGAGUCCGGUAGGCAGGCCUAGGAGAAGCAGCAGAGGUGGGAUGGAUGCACUGGCCAUGGGGAAAAGACCACUGAGCAAGAUCGAAGAGAGGAAUUCGCCAACGCCAUAGGAAGACUGGAGGGCAGGCAUCUCAUAGUGCCGCGGGGUCGUAUUGAUUGUUGAGCUUGCCGAUGUUGUCAUUCCGAGUUACUCUAUCGUCUUUCGCUUAGUGCUAGGAUUUUUUUCCCCGUCUCAUC